AUCGUUGAACGGUUGAAUUUAUUACCCGUAAGCUAAAAAGUAAAGAUACAAACGUAACACAUCAAACAAAAGAAUAAUUAUAAAAAAAGAAUUCUAAAAUCUAAAAAAACAUAAUAUUUUCUAUAAUAGUGAGAAUCUAUAGACGAAAAAAAACAACAAUAAAUAUACACAAUUUAAAUAACGAUUAAUGAUAAAAAUGAGAAUAUUAAUAACAAUAGUUAUACUGUUGGGCUUCAUAAUGUUACAAGUGAAAGCACAUGGAAACUCCAAAAAUGUAACUGAAAAUUUAAAUUCAAAUAAAACAGAUUCUGUAAAGUUUGAAAUUAAACUAAAUAGUAGCGAUACCAUGCAUAAAGAUGAAGUAAAUAUAGAAAAUUUAAUAACAUCAUCCACGACUCCUUCCUCCACUACAGAAGGCAUCAUCAAUCAUACUAAUUCAACUACAAAACCUGCAACUGAAGCAACAACUACUCUAACUACAACUUCAUUAAUAACAUCAGCAACUACAACACCAACUCCUCCUCUUCAUCUUAGCACUGAAGAUACCUUAUCUUCCGGCAACCAAUACUGUUCACCCUCUUUGUGUGAAUUCUACAAUGGCACCCAUACGAACAUUAAACCUCAUAUUGCUUGCAAAAAUAGUGGUAAUUUCGGUCCAGCUUGCGGUUUACAACCACAUCUUCUGAAAAUGAGCGAACGACGACGAAACCUCAUUUUAGAUUUGCAUAAUUUGGCACGUUCUCGCAUCGCAUCCGGUCAUGUGGACGGCUAUAAGACGGCAUCUCAUAUGCCACAACUUAAAUGGGACAAUGAAUUAGAGUAUUUAGCUACGUUGCAUGUAAAACGUUGCAGAUUCGAACAUGAUUUAUGCCACAAUUCACCGCGUUACCCGUAUAGUGGUCAGAAUAUUGGUUAUUUUUGGAAAGGUGCUAAUAUCACAUCACAUUCGAAACGUAUGAAGAAUUUCAUUGUCAAUUGGUAUAAGGAACAUAAGGAUGCAAAUCAAACAUUUAUCGAUUCAUUUCAUUUGCAUCCAGAGAGAAAAGUAAUCGGUCAUUUUACCGCCAUGGUGGGCGAUCGUGUGCAUCAUGUUGGCUGUGCUGCCAUACGUUUUUAUAAAUCUAAUUUAACACAAAUCCUAAUGACAUGUAAUUAUGAUUAUAAUAACUUUUCCGAUGAACCUGUUUAUCAAACUGGACCAACAGCUUCAAAAUGUAAUUACAAGAUAAGUGAAAAAUAUCCAGGGCUAUGUGAUUGGAAAAAGCCUGCAUAUGAAUAUGAAGCGAUGGAAGAUGAAAAUAAUAAUAAUUUAGUAUUACGUGUAUACAUGUAUCAACUCAAGAUAAUUUUUGCUGUUUUACUAACUCUUUGUAUAAUCGAGUCUUCUCUAUCUCAGACCGACUAUUGUAGAGCUAAUUUGUGUAAAAAAGGAAAACAUGUUGCCUGCAAUAAUAAUGGAAAAUUUGCUGGUUCUUGCGCCAAAAAUGCCAAAAUUGUGCGUAUAACACCGCAAUUGCAAAGAAAAAUUGUCAAGAAACACAAUUCUUUGAGAAAUCGUGUGGCUAGCGGUAAGGUUAAUGGUUUUAAGGGUGCCGUUCGUAUGGCUACGAUACGUUGGAGUCCCGAAUUAUCUAAACUGGCCGAAUAUAAUGUCAAACAAUGUAAAAUGUCACAUGACAAAUGUCGCAAUACUGACAAGUUUAGUUUAGCUGGACAAAAUGUGGCGAAAAGUUCUUGGAGUGGCCAGAAGAAAGCUGUUGGUACUGUAUUAAUAGAGCAGAUUCAAUCAUGGUUUGCAGAACAUAAGAAGUGUUCCAUGAGUGAGAUUAGAAAUUUGCAAAACAUUGCCAAAUCUGGUCAUUUUACCGCUAUGGUUCAGGAGAAAAAUAUGGCUGUGGGUUGUGCUAUCUUACGUCAAACAUCGAAUGGACAAACUAUGCAGUUAAUGGCUUGCAAUUAUGCUUAUACGAAUAUUUUAGGUUCUGCCGUUUAUAGAGAUGGAAGUACUGCCUCUAAAUGCACUACUGGUCGUAAUCCUAAUUUUAAGUCGUUAUGUUCCUUUAAAGAGCAGUACAAUCUUAAAAGUGGCAAAUAUUAAGGCAUAAAUAAAGAAAACAAUUUACAAUAAAGAUUUUCAAAUAAGUAAGAAAAUAUG